AGAGCUUUACCAAGGACGGGGAUCCCAAGUGCUGCCAGCGUUGCUUCUUCUGGGAGCUCUUCCACAGGUGCGUGCAGGGCAGCACGGGGGCAGCGGGAGCUUGGGCACCCGUGGGUCAGGGUGCACUGUCCCCACGAUGGGCGCUGUACCCAGGCACGUGUCCCCACGUGUCCUCUUGUGGCCCACGAGGACACGAGCUCAGCACCCAGGCUGGGCCAAUGUGGAUUUAUUUCUAUUAAAAAUGGAAACCACAUGCCUGGGCUUUGGGGGUGCAUAGGGUGGGGGACAGUUGCUCUGGGAGUUGGUGCUGUCACCAAAGGGACAGGACAGCGGUUGGGGUCUGUGGGGGGAUGGCACUCUGGGGGAAGUGAGCAUGGUCUCCUCUGUCCCACGUCUCCCUGUGCUGGGGGCAGACAUGGGACAGAGGAGACAGGUCCCACCUGCUGGCUGGGCGAUGUCUCAGGGCAGGAGGUGACUAAUGGUGCCUGUCCUUCCCUUUCAGCUUGGAGACCACUGAGGAUGUGUGACCCCAACCAAGGCCCACCACAACUGCACCUUGCAGUGCGCCCUCCUGCCCUUCCAGGACAUCCCGAUCCUGGCAAAGGGCCCUCCCCUGGCGGUGUGGCAGUCUGCCCCCCACACCCUGCUCCAUCUGGCCAGCACCCCCAGGGGCAACCCCCGUUGGGACAUCAUCCUCAUGGACACCAGGAGCACCAUAAGGAGCCCCAUAAGGAGCACCAUAUGGAGCCCCAUAAGGGGCACCAUAAGGAGCACCAUAAGGGACACCAUUAGAAGAAGCACUGCAACCACCAUGAAGGCAAGCCCUCUGGUGCCUCAUGCAGCUCAAGCAGCAGCUCAAGCAGAAGCUCUGACUGGCUAAAGGUCUUGCAUCUCCCACCUGGCUCUGUGAUGAUCAACAAAACAUGAGACCAAACUCCUCGUGGGAACCCUCUGCAUGCUACUCCUCACCAUCCCCCUUUCCCUUGGAGCAGUGCUUUGCCUGCUGAGUUAUUUUUCUUGUGUGCAAGAGCUUGUAAAUCCUUUGACCUGGAAUCUCCGAGUUAAUGGACAACAUUUCCACCCUCUAUCUUCUGGGAGACCCUGCUGAAAGUCAUUACAUGCUGUUUUCCAAUCUA